CAACACCUGUCCAUCGUGGGUUCAGUCUCGUACAUAUUCUGUCCCCCAUCGGACGUGCUUUUGGUGGUUGAGCUUUAGCCCCGAGCUAAUCGAUCCAUUCGGAGUUUUUCUUUCCUGCUCUUUAUUGUCCCACUGCGCUGGCUAUCACCUGGGGCGCCUCCUCAGACGGGUGGGAAACGAUUUGCUUUCCAAGUCUCCACAUUGUUGGUGGCACGUUGUGGUGUUUGCAAGGACCUGUAAUUAAAGCUUAUGAAGAAAUCUCUGCCAAUACUCGAGCCUAAGAGCUAGCGGCUGGGCGGAAACAAAGGCAGGAUGCAGUGAUUUGUGGGUGUCAUUUCGGAGCCGGCUGAGAGCAUUAGAACCCCGGGUGGCGAGUGUUUGCAAAAGUGAUUAGGGGGUCUUACAAAAACAUAUCCCCGUUUUACGAUUGAAUCCGGUGCAAUCGGCUGGAUUAGUGCUAUCGGUGCUCGAGUGCGGUGUACGAAGAAAGGAGAAAAGCUGUUCAAGGGUGGAAAGUCCCUAAAGAAGAACCCUUCACGGCGCCUCGCAAGAGGGCUUUCCAGCCUCGAGUGUCACUGCUGUUGGUUGUUGACUGCUUGAGACGAAUAAUUUGUGCACCAAGGAAAAGGCAGGCAGAAGGAAAGUGAACUUUCUCUUGACGAAGAGGUUAAGACAAAGAACACUCCGUCUGUCGUUUGGCGUCGGUUCACGUGAGAGUGUUUGUUCGGCGGAAGCGCAACUAGAGUGCAGUGCCGUCGAUACUCCGCUCCGGUUACAGCAGAGCUUCCUGGCUUGUGGCGCACUGUGUGGACGGACGCAAGGGGCCGGUGGGGCGGCUCGAAACAUGGAUUAAUUUAAUACCCAUCGGUGUCGUUUCGCGUCGGGAAAGCACUGGCUUGCAAGUGCGGAUGAAAUGUGACUGUCGCCGGAAAUUGCACCAGAAAAAGGUAUAACUAUAGCCCGAGCUGCCUUCGGAACGCUCUUCGAACGACGAAUCACCACCUUGUGUGCUGCUAAGCAGGGGACGGAGAUGCUGCAAGAAUGUUGCUGAAAAUCGCUUUCGGAGUAUUUUGCCGGUUGCUGAUGCUCGGGGGUAUUUCACCGCUGCACCUCAGACACGUUCGUAUUCCAUCCUACAAGUUCCGGGGUGAAUCCGCCCUGCUAGAGUGCCAGUACGAGCUGGCCAACGGCAACCAACACCACUACCGGGAUCGUUCGGACUAUCGAAGCUCGCGAACGCAUUCCUCUAACGAUGAUUACUACAACGACGGUGGCGGAGGAGUAGGUGGAUUAGGAGGAGGUGGAAGCACCAACUUCGGCGCAACCGGGGAGAAAAUUUACUCCGUCAAAUGGUACAAAGACAACGAAGAGUUUUACCGAUACGUACCGUCAGCGAGCCCCCCGAUCAAAAGCUACAAAAUCGAGGGCAUCCGAGUGGAUCCGAAUCAUUCUGACAACACUAAGGUGUUACUACGUGCGUUAACCCUAAAAUCGUCCGGUUUGUACCGGUGUGAAAUAUCGGCCGAAGCUCCCAGUUUCGAUUCGGUGCAGGGUGAAGGACGGAUGGAUGUGAUAUAUAUCCCAAAGGACGGUCCACACAUCAACGGUGAUGUCGAACGUAACUCGUACAGCAUGGGUGAAACUCUAGAGCUGAACUGCACUUCCGGCCGAUCCUAUCCGGCGUCGACCCUUCAGUGGUACCUCAACGAUCAGCUAGUCACCGAUGCAAGUCUGCUCGUGCCGUAUCCCCGCUUCCAGAAUGCGCACGGUCUCAUCAUAAGCCACCUCGGGCUGAGCGUAGUGGUGGCUCCCCAUCACUACGAAAACGGCAUCAUGCGGAUCAAGUGCGUGGCCAGUCUGUCGCCGGUACUGUGGCGCGAGGGCAAGGAGAGCAUCCUUCAGUGGGAGCAGCCCACCAUCGACAAUCGCGAAGCUAUGCUGCUUGUGAGAAGCGGCACAACUGGGCAACGAUUAUGCAGCAGUUUAACUGUUCUAGGUGUUUUAGUGGUACAAUUGUUGAUAAGUUUGUUAUGAAGUCACGCGUGGUAGUGUUUUUGUUUUGUUUUCUUUUAGAAUCAAGGAAGAAGAAGUAAUGUAAAAUUGAAUACUGUUCGAAUGUGAUUUGUUUUUCGGCGAGCUUAACUUAUUUAUGAUUUGUGUACAUGCAGUGAUCAAAAAUCAGUUGCUUUUCGUGAUUAGAAUGGGCGCAAAACCAACAAAACUUGUAGUAGCUCUAGCAAAUCUAUAAUGCAGUAGUGUAAAUAGCAAAUAAAGAAGAAAAACAAAAGUCCACAGAAGUGUGCAAAACUUGAACGAAGUUUGUAAAUAAAGUUACGAAAUAGGUAAGGUUUUUUUUACGA